AUGCGAGCUCAACUCCCGAGGCUGUCCAGACCAGGUGGAGCUGUUGUCAACGUUUCAAGCACAUCCGGCCGGAGGGGCUUACCACACAGCGCUGCAUACGCCAGCAGUAAAUUCGGAGUCAUUGGGCUGACCGAAUCAGCUGCUGGGGAAUACGCCAAGGAUGGUAUCAGAAUCAAUGCUUUACUGCCAGGGCCUGUAGAUACCAAUAUCUUUCGAGACGGCGAGGCGUUGGGGCUUUUCGACUCCGAGAUGCUUUCCAAAGACACUCUGCUGCGUCGCAUGGGUCGACCUGACGAGAUAGCAAAGAUUAUUUGUUUUCUCUUGAGUGACGAGGCCUCAUACGUGACGGGAGCACACUGGAAUGUUGACGGGGGUUAUCUUGCUUGCUGA